AUGACGAGAGACUCGUCCAAGAGUCACAUUCACUAUGGAGCAAUCAGUUCAUUCGAUGUGGCAAGAACUGGGCAGUUCACUCCGGCUGGUCCACCGCAGCAGAAAUGGGGAAAGGUUGAAAUGUCUUCUUCAGCUCGGGAGCAUCAAGCCACAGUGCAGAUGUUUGAACUCCAGCAAGCUGCAAAAGUGGCACCAGCUCCAACUUCUGAUCAUGACGUCAAAAUGAAGCUGCGUGAAUUUGACGAACCCAUUUGUCUGUUUGGUGAAGGCGCUUAUGAACGUCGCGAGCGAUUAAGGCUGUUAAUUGCACGUCGCGCUUAUAAAACAACCGGUCCGGCCCUCCCCGAAGUUGUCAUGCUGGAUGUUGCCGCUAAGCCUGAUAUCGAGCAGCAAGCGCGGCUGUUUUUCACUGAAGGAUCAGAUGCGCUUGUCGCUGCCAGAAAAUGGAUCGCUCGAUUUUCGCUGCCCCGCGCGGUAAAGAGACUGAAAGCAGAUCGACAACGCUACGACACUGAAGAUCCAUUUGAAGCGGAAGCGAGGAUCAAUGAACAUAAUAAACGGGUUCAAGCGCGAUUGAAAGUUACUGCAAGUCAAGUUGGAGCAGAUCGUCCAUUAGCGUCAGGAAGAUUUUCUCCCGAUCAUCAAUUUUUUGCAACAGCCAGUUGGAGUCCGGGAGUGAAAAUCUGGGGAAUGCCGAAUUGUAAUUUGCAUACGACGCUCACUGGUCACACCGAACGUGUCAAUAGUGUUGCAUGGAAUCCAGAGUUUAGAGCGACUGAUUUGGGAAGAUCAGAGAGUAGUGAACGAAGUAAUGAAAAUCAUUCAAUGAAAGAUGAUGAUGGCUCGGAGAAUGAUGGUUUGGAAAAUUCGUCGAAUAUUGAUGUUGCGAUGACAACAGAAACACCAUGUCAUGCAGCGACUGGAAGUUCGGAUUUAAGGAUCCUACUCUGGAAUUUGAAUCAACCGAAUCAACCAAUAGGGACAAUGGAAGGACAUGAAGAAAGAGUUAAUCGAGUCGAAUUUCAUCCUUCUGGCAGAUAUUUAGGAUCCACAUCUCAUGAUGAAACAUGGAGAUUUUGGGACAUUGCAACUCAAACAGAGUUAUUGCUUCAAGAAGGACAUUCGUCAUGUGUAGAUACACUUUUAGCUCAUGAUAAAUUGAUUUCGGAAGUUGUUUAUGAAGUGAGCAUCAUUAGCAUUCAUUCCAUCUCGCUACUUUUCUCUCCUCAUCAGCCAGUCAAUGGAAGAUUUCUACUUACGUCAAGUUAUGAUUGUACGUUGAAGGUUUGGAAUGCGGUCGAUCUCAGCUGUACACGGACACUUUUGGGACAUGAAUCGAGAGUAAUGGGAGCCGACAUCAGUAGCGUCAAAUUUCAUUCGGCUCGCUUUCGUGGUUUUGGUUCCGUCUCACAUAAAACAGCUGUAAGCGCCGGACAACUAACGACCUCAACACGUCUAAGAGACCCAAUUAUUCCACAUCACUCGAGAUGGCGACCUACGUGA